AUGGAGUUCAAAUCCCACUUGGUUUUAGCAGCGGGCGUUUUAUUGAUCGCUCUGUCCUGGUGUGAAGGUGCAAGAGACGCAACAUGUCCACGGAUUUGUGGUCCAGCUCUGCAAGGGGAACCGGUCUGUGCCACGGAUGGUUAUAUCUAUCCGUCACUUUGCGAAAUGAGGAAAAAGACUUGUGGAAAAGGUGUAAGGUUAGCACAAGACCAAGGUUCAUGCUCUCGAGCGCAAGGAUCCAAAUGUGACCACCGAUGCACGUCAGAGAGAGACCCCGUUUGCGGUACCAACGGCAGGACUUAUCUAAAUAGAUGUAUGCUUCAAGUCGAAAUAUGCAGGGUAGGAAUCGGCCUCUCUCACUUAGGAGCCUGCAACAACAUCAGCGCGCAUCGUGAAAAUUGUCCCGUAGAUUGCUCGCAGGCGCCCCUCGACGGUCCCAUCUGUGGGUCUGACGGCAACGUCUACAAGAACACCUGUCAGAUGAAGCUCCUUACUUGUGGGCAAGGUGUAGUCCGAACCAGCAAGAAGCAUUGUCAAACGACUCGCCACUGUCGCGAAUCCUGUUGGCGCGUCGCCAGACCCACCUGCGGUUCAGACGGCAAGCUGUACGCCAACGCUUGCAGAAUGAAGGCCACCAACUGCGGCAAGCACGUGUUUGAAGUACCCAUGGCGUUCUGUGUAUCGCAAGAAAGAACGUCUGGCGGUGAAUAUUGCCCAACCGACUGUUCCGAUCAGAAAGAGAAGUUGGUUUGUGGAUCUGAUGAAAAUAUUUACAGGAACGAGUGCGAAAUGAAGAUGCUGAAUUGCGGAGUAAACAGCAGAAAGAUAGUAAAGAAAGUAGACAUGGACAAAUGCAAAGCGAAAAUGAACAAAUGUCUCAAAGUCAAGUGCCCGAACGAAGCUGAUCCUGUAUGUGGAACCGACGCCAAUGUGUACCACAAUCCUUGUCACCUAAAAGUGGCUACCUGUUUGAAAGGAGUACAGCUAGCCCAUUUCGGCAACUGCACCCUUCUUCCACGUCUCGAGACGGACUGUCCGGAUAGUUGUGACAACGUCGUUGAUCAACCAGUUUGUGGAUCUGACGGAAAUGUAUACAAAUCCGAAUGCGAACUACGUCGUCUAACCUGUGGACAGCACGUGGUAGCAGUGUCCGCGUCCCACUGUCGCACGACUGCUUUGUGUCACGAAGAGUGUCCCGACACUCCAGCCUUCGUUUGUGGUUCAGACAACAGGUUCUACAAGAACGAGUGUAUUAUGAAGAAGGAGAAUUGCGGGAAACACGUCUAUGUUGUACCCCUUAAACGCUGCCUCGCCCGCUUCCAAUACGCGGGUUGCGCAAGAGUUUGCCCACCAGAAUAUGAUCCUGUAUGCGGCACUGAUGACAAGACUUACUCCAACAAAUGCUUCCUAGAGAUGGAAAAUUGUCGGUCGAGAAGUCUGGUGCAGCUUAAACAUUUGGGAACGUGUACUGAGCCAAUAGCCGAAGAGCCGAAGAACUAUUUAUACCGAUAA